AUGACCCACACGUUCUUCACUCUGCAACAGAAUGUUUAUAAAGCCGAUCAUGAGCCCAUAACCGUUGAAGAUGUUGACGAGAACACUGUCUCUUCUCCAGCCUUGCGGCGUCUUAUCAACUCAGCUCAAGGCGCCACCGUUGGAGUGGCAGCCAGGUAUCGCCCCGACUGUACUGUUUCGUCUUUAGCAUUUGCAACGCUCACAAGAGCGCUCGUCAUCCACUUCUUCACUACGAACAAACCGAAUCCGCAGCAGCAGCAGAAGAAGAAGAAGAAAAAGAGCCAAGAACAACAGCCUACCGUUUCCCGAGGACGCAUCCUCAUACAAGACCAAAUUCUGUGUGAUACUGGCAUCCAACUUUAUGGGUACAGGAUAGACAGAAUCGCACUCGGUGUCUUCCUUGACCUCUCACUUCGGAUCAAUGCUGCAGUUGACAUCCUGUCUGGGUCUCGCAGUGAUCGGCGCUCCCUCGAGGCAAUUAUGAACGCCUUGGGCGGCGAGGUCUUACUCCAGAAGCAGAACGUGAAAACUCUCUUCGCUCGUAGAGAAGGGGAUGCAACAACCAAUGAUGUGGCGCUCCAGGCUUGGGCAGCAUGUCGCGCCGUUGCACUUCCUCACAUGGCGUCCAGAUUUGCUCCCUUAUCUCGAAUCGCCACAGACACGAUGCCAGACAUUCAUCUGAGUGCCCUGGCAAAGAUUUCUCGUGAUGCUGAAAUUUUGGAGUCUUUGAAGCCUACGAAAGUCGUCAAUAACGUCAAAGAUGGCUUCAUCUCCAAAAACGGUAAUAUCAACCUCGAGUGCACUCGCUUUAGAACGCGUAUCAUGAAAAAUAGAGACCAAGUCAUUCACAUUGAAACGCUGGAUGGAGAUCAGCGAUCAAUGAUCACUGGUCGUGCACAGGCAAUAAAUGGAAGACAAGCUCAAAUCAACAUCAAAGGCGCUGCACAGGGUUCGGGAAAGGUCUUCCGUGUGACGACCGUUGGGAAAGAAGACUUGACAGCCGCUGAAUCAUGCAGAGAAGAUAUAGUGCUAAAGGCCCUUCAAGGCACCAUCACGUUGACCGAAUAUCCAUUCUUCUGUAGUAUCUGGGCACCGUCAGUAAACAUCCAAUGGCCGCCACCAACCAAGAAUGCUUCCAGCGCACCGUUCGUUUACGAUCCGAGCGGUACAUUGAACCAUUCGCAGUAUGAAGCAGUGGAGCGAAUUAUUUCGCAAGCAGACAGGGAUCGUGUGUUGCUUAUUCAGGGUCCUCCUGGCACUGGAAAAACAACAGUCAUAGCGGCCAGUGUCGACAGUAUCGUCAAGACUGGGCCCAGGGAGCGCACAGUUUGGCUUGUGGCACAGUCGAACGUUGCUGUUAAGAAUAUUGCAGAGAAGCUUGACAAGGUUGGCUUCCGUGAAUUCAAGCUUCUGGUAUCCAAAGACUUCCAUUAUGACUGGCAUGAACACCUCUAUGAGAGAUUGGAACAUUGUUUUAUACGAUCCGACAUGUUUAGUGGCGCGUCCGUUACUGUCAGCCGGCUUCUACUCGACACAAGAGUCAUACUCUGCACAUUGAGUAUGCUGUCCAAUCCUCGUAUCAGUGAAUUUACUCGUCAAGUCCCACUUGAAACCGUGAUAUUCGACGAGGCAAGUCAGAUUGAAGUGGGAGACUAUCUGCCGCUGCUUCAGCGUUUCCAGCCAACGUUGAAAAAGAUGGUGUUCAUCGGUGAUGACAAGCAACACCGCAUGCCAGUCGUCAUUGGCAACUUCAUUUCCCGUCAUGUGUACAAUAACAAGUUGAUGACCAUGCACGACAUCACCGGCAAGGCAGCAUGUCGUUUCCUGGAUGUUAAAAGGGGCCAGGAGCAGAAAUCUGGAAAGAGCUGGAUAGUACGCUUGUCCUCCUCACCCUCGUGA